GGCAAAUCAUUAUUAGGAACAACUUGUCCUUUAAUCCUCCCACCAGACAAGGAGAAUCUGCCCAUAUCAAAAUACAAAGCUCUUCUCAGUGCUUUGUUUCUCCUCUGCUGCUGCUGGAGAUCAAGUUUGAAGAUGGCUGCCAUGAGGUUUGAAUCUUGGACCACCAUCUUGAUUCCUCUGCUGCUCUUACAGGUCAGAAUUCAUGGAGGUAGUGGGGCUAGGGAGCUUGAUCUGAGGGACCCGACUCGACCCGAGCAUCCCUAUCCUGGAAACACGAAGCUGAGCAAGGGGGACGUCAACCCUGAUGUCUUGAGGUUGCCUUCAGAACAUGGACAUCAUGGGAUGAUGCAUCAUCAUCACCGUCAUGGUGCUCAAGGUGACCCAUCAACAAUGGUGUUUUUCACCUUGACGGAUCUCAAGGAGGGGAACGCUCUCCCCGUCUACUUCCCCAAGAGGGACCCUUUAGCCUCCCCCAAGUUCCUGCCUCGGGAAGAAGCCGAGUCGAUCCCCUUCUCGUCUGCCCGUCUCCCGACUCUCCUGGAACUCUUUAACUUCCCGCGGGACUCUGCUCAGGCCUCGGCCAUGGAGGACACUCUCCGGCAGUGCGAGGCGCAGCCUAUUGUGGGGGAAAUCAAGAUCUGCGCGACUUCCCUCGAGUCCCAGCUUGAUUUCGUCCGCUCUAUCUUUGACAGUGCCCCGGCUGGCCCGAGCAAGUUCGCUGCCUUGUCCACAUCCCACCUUGCUGGGUCAUCCCAUACGGCCAGCUUCCAGAACUACACGAUCUCAGGCCCCCCACUAGAGGUGGCAGCGCCGACAAUGGUGGCAUGCCACACUAUGCCAUACCCCUAUGCAGUCUUUUACUGCCACAGCCAGAAGAGCCCAAACAGGGUUUUCCAGGUGCCCUUGCUAGGCGAAAAUGGGGAAGCCGUGCAGGCCUUGGCAGUAUGUCACCUGGACACAUCCCAGUGGAGUCCCGAACAUGUGUCGUUCCGGGUGCUUGGUAUCGAGCCAGGGAGUUCCCAUGUGUGUCACUUCUUCCCUGCAGAUCAUCUCGUGUGGGUACCUGCAAACUAGGGAGUUAUCGGGUGCUAUGAGAAAACCGGCUUGCCCGUGCUAUGAACCAGCAUAGAAGCCUGAUACUUGUGCUCUUUUGUGCUGUAUCAGUUUGAGCUUCUUUCAGAACAUGGACGAGUCGGCAGUCCUACUAGUAGAUAUGUAUUUCAUAUGUAAUGUCUAUAUGUUUAGUUCGAGUCAGCACUAUUGUGUUAUACCUUGCUAUGCUAAGUUAACUACGCUGGGUUGCUAUUUACCUAUGUAAUUGCCUUACGGCAAAAUAUCAUGUUGUUCUCAGAGAGAGCAGCGUUUUCAAUUCCAUAAGUUAGGCUCGAGAUCUCGAAGCCGGCUUGGUCGACA